AUGAACAAUGGAAAGAACUUGUUCAAGUCUAUGCGCACACCAGCUGUACUUGUUACAUUGAUGAUUAUCGAUUAUAUAUGCCAAGAGUUCUGCCAGAUGAUUGGACUCGACUUCUUUGCUGGGCUCUUCUCAUCCAUACUAGUGAUAGUUAUUGGAGCACUCACUGUUUGGGCUUAUGCAAGGUAUUCUGGAACAUUGCGCGAAGCUAGUGGUUGGGUUGAUGAUGCCGUUACUUUCAUGUGGACAAAUUUCAUUUCACCGAAUGCUGGUCAGCUGGGAGCGCUCGGCGGUGCCAUUCAACUCGGCGAUAAGCUAACUAAUUCAUCUGCUUCAACGUCUAACUCAACAUUAAGAGAUCGGAAAAAGAAGUGA